ACACAAAAUCUAGAAAUCAUACGAGAAUCAAAAUGCGGCACACACCGUCUCACUUAUUAAAACCUGGGAGAUUUAAUGUCACAAAGUUCUUGGAAGGAAUACUGAAAGAUGCCAAACUCCUUGAACAGAAGAAUCAAGUGAUCACGGAAAAGGUGGAGAUCAAUGAGGCUGCAGAAGCCCCGGGCCAAGAAAAUGUGAUGCGAAGAGAAGAUGACAGGGAGGAAUUACUGUAUGAUAUCGAAGAUGGGGGAUUAAAGAACCCGUUGUUUAAAUUCAUAAUACACACCACAAUGUCAUACAUAGAGCUUGAGACUGUCCGUCCAUCCGUCAUCAAGUACGCACCAAAGAAAAGCCAGAAGGAAUCCAGUCCAAUUGAACCGACUGCAGAAAAGGUGCCUCCAAAAAGGGCACCAUCAAAACGCAGUCUACGUAAACUGAAACCAAAGUACUGUACCCCUAACUCUAAAAUAUGGAGACCAUAUGCCAAAGAAAAACAAUUCAAAUGUGAUAUUUGUAAGUCUAGUUUUGACAAUAAAGCUCUUUUGAAAAGACAUAUUUUGAUACACUCUGUUAAAAGACCUUACAACUGUACGGUUUGUAAAAAGAGCUUUAUAAAAGAGAGUCUUUUGAAGACACAUCUCAGUUCUCAUACGGGUGAAAAGCCUCAUAAAUGUAAUUUAUGUGAUUGCAGUUUUAUGCUGCCAAUAGAUUUGAAACGGCACAUCUUCACUCAUACUGGAGAAAAACCUUAUAAAUGUGAUUCCUGUGACAGUGCGUUCCGUCAACCUGGUGAUUUAAAAAGACAUAUGCGGAAACAUACAGGAGAAAAACCAUACAAAUGUAAUAUAUGCCAUAAGAACUUUGCUCAACUGCACGGAUUGAAGAAACACAAUCUUAUACACACUGGUGAGAAGGAUUUUAAGUGUGAAGAAUGUGGUAAGGCAUUUAGCAAUGCGGACGCUUUAAAAACUCAUGUACGCAUCCACAGCGAUGAACAACCUCACAAAUGUGAUGUCUGUGAACGCCGUUUCACACAACUAGAAGGUCUUAAGAAACACUACAGAAUCCACACAGGAGAGAAACGGUAUAAAUGUGAAACUUGUGCCAAAGAGUUUAGGGAUUCCGGUGAUUUGAAAAAGCAUGUACGCAUACAUACAGGUGAGAAACCUUUCAAAUGUGAUAAGUGUCCGGAGAGUUUUAAAGAAAGGGGACAUUUGAAACGUCAUGUCCGCAUUCAUACAAAUGAGAAGCCGUAUAGUUGUAGUAUUUGUUUAAAGUCUACAUUCAGGGAUGCGAGUGACCGUAGAAAGCAUAUUCGCACACAUUUGAGUGAGACGCCGCAUAAAUGUGAUAUUUGUAAUGAGACUUUCAAGUAUAAGCCAACGUUGAAAUCACAUCUGGCUAAGCAUGAGAAAAAUAAAAUUGUUAUUCAUUAAACAAUACUCUAGUAUUAAUAACAUAAAUAGAAGUUCAAUAUGUAAACGAUCUCUGUAACUAAGUCUAUGUAUUUUGUUUCAAUAUUAUGUGAGCAGUGCCGGAUAGCC